AAUUGUUAAUACAGCAUGUGUUGUUUUAUCAGAGAAUUAUAUUUGCAGGUAGGAGGAGAGGCAGUGUUGGUGGUAGCUGCGACCAGUCAAGCAGAGAGUGUUGGCCACAAGCUGCGGUCUCCUGCCGCACUCGACAAGCAGUUAACGGUGCCUCUGCCCAACACAUGUGAGAGAGACAGUAUAUUACAACAGCUUCUCUCCUGCCAUAAACACAGUAUGAACCAAGGAGAAGUUACAGCGGUGGCCAAACAAGCUUAUGGUUUCUCCGGAGCUGAUAUGUGUGUGUUGCUCCGGUGUGCCUGGCUACACUGUGUGGCAAGACUACACCAGCAGAGUUGUUCAUGUACUGAAGGAGGUACACACAAGUGCUCAUGUACUGAAGGCGAUACACACAAAUGUUCAUGUACUGAAGGCGAUACACAGAAGUGUUCAUGUACACAAGAUCUUUGUUUGUGUCGGGAGGAUUUACUUGCCGGCCUCCGUAGUGUCUACCAACUAUCUUAAGACACAACUACUCAGCAG